UCCGAUCAAAAACAAACAUGGCGACCUCCAUCCAGGUUCUGUGUCCCAAUGGAAGACGCCAAACAGUAAAAGUUACUCCAAGUACCACCUUGCUACAGGCUCUGGAAGAAGUUUGUAAGAAACAGAAUUUCCUUCCUGCAGAGGAUUAUAAUCUUGUACAUGGAAGAAAGGUUGUUGACUUAACCUUGACAUUUCGCUAUGCCAACCUUCCAAACAAUGCCAAACUUGAGUUAGUAAAGGCUGCACAAACUCGAGCUGUUUCAGAUGUGGUGAUUGCCUUACAGCUGGAGAAUGGAGAACGGCUUCAGCAUCAGUUCUCACCCAACAUCACUUUGUGGCAGAUACUUGAGCAUUUUGAAGAACAGAAAAAUAGUUGUCAGGAAAGAAGGCUAUCUUAUGUGGACACAUCUGUGCAACCACCACUCCACCCUGUUUGCAUCUAUCUUGGAGAGGAGACAGUUGGUGAGUUUGCACUAAGGGAAACAACAUUGAAGGCAUUAGGAUUAACUGGAGGAAGGGCUAUUGUCAGGUUAAUUCAUAGAGCAGUAGAUGACUUGACUAUUGCAAAGUCAAUAGAAGAGAUUGAGAAACAAAGAGCUAAACAGGCCAGGCUUGAAGCUGCAGUUGCCAAACAUCAAAAUACUAAUAGCUGUGAGAUGCCAAUUCCAGCAAUAAACACCCCUGAACCAUUGUCAGGUGUAGCAAGUGACACUAACAGAUCUGUUCCCUCAGGAGCCAGAGCGGAGGCACCAGCAUCACAAGUGCAGAAAGAGGCACGGUGUGAGAGUUUUGGGGCCAGCAGAAGUGCAGAGCCCAUGGAGAUUGAUGUGCCUAGUGUGGGAACAUCAGGGGUACGCAGUGUUCAGUCACAGCCUGUGGAUAAAGCGAGCCCAAGCGGAGGUGGAGCUGAGGCUGCUGGUGCUGCAUUAUCAUCACUGGAGAACAUACCUGGAGUACAGGUGUUCAGACCCAGUGACUUCCAGGAUCUAACUCCUCAGGAACAGGAGAUUGCCAGGAGGUUGGCACAGAGACUUAUGCCUCAGCUUGGACUUGUCCCAUCCUCCUCCCAGGCCCAACCCUUACCUGUCAUGCAGGCACAGCCAUUUCAGGCAUUUAAGUUUCCAGAGGAAACAAAGGGAAAGACCUUAUAUCACAAUGAAUUAAGUGAUGUGAAAAAGGAAGAGUUCCAGCCUUGUGAGAGAGAAAGUGUGUUGUUCAGUGCAGACGAACCCAGAUCACCACGGCUGUCAGAUGAAGCUUUACCAGAUGACUUUUUUGAGGUGACUGUAGCUGAUGUGAAGAUUUUGUUAUCCAGCUACCAAAAGAAUUUAGAAGCCAUGGAUGACCAGCCAUUGCAAACCCAGGCCAUGAGGAGGAAUGAAGCAAUACAGCGGUUGAACAAGUAUCAGCGUGUUGUCAUACGAAUACAGUUUCCUGACAAGUGGAUACUUCAGGCUCUCUUCAGGCCCAGGGAAACAGUAUUUGCAGUUCAGAAGUUUGUCAAGGAGCAUUUAGAAGACAAGAGUAUCCCGUUUCACCUAUAUACAAGUCCACCAAAACAAGUCUUGAAGGAUAUCACCAAGAAUCUCCUGGAGGCUAAAUUAGUACCAGCAACUGUGAUCUAUUUCUCAUCUGAAGUCAAGAAGGACCACUAUCUAUCAAAAGCAGUUCUACACGAGGCCUCUUCACUAGCCAAGGCUGAUGCAGUGGUAGCUCAGUGUUUACAAGUUGGAAACAAGUGACACGGACAUGGCACCAUCUACAAGUCAGGGGUCAUCCUCAGCCAGUCAGUCUACAGGUCAAACUUCAUUAGCUUCAGGUCAGAAGACAUCCUCUGACGCAAGCUCCAAGACGGGGAAGAUGCCAAA